GGUACGAAUUCCAAAUCUGAAGAAGACUUGAAGCGCGAUCAAAUGGAGAAACUUGUACGUGAAGAGUUGGAUAACUCAUGGAGUAGUAAUGCUAGCCUGCGUUCAGGUGGUGGUGACUCUCGACCUGGCACUGCUGCUUCUCGUGGUGGAUCGCGAGCACCUACAGCUAAAUCAUUGUACAGCCAGGGUGGCAACAAAAGUGCCACUUCACGUGGACGUAAAACUGCACAAGGAAGUGCAGCAAGCCUUCGAAUGGAAUCUGUAAGUAUACCUCAUUACAAAGCAUGCCAAGUUAUUAGGCGUUACCAUCUCGAAUGACUUGAAAUGGAACUUGCAUGUAAAUAUAACGUUCCAUCGUUGUACGAACACCGAAGCAUCCUUUGUGAACGACUUUUCCACAGAAUGCUUGAUCCAGGUCACAAAUUAAACUCGCUCGUUCCAGCUCUUAGGGUUAACGAACACAAUCUACGCCAUAAUAGGUGUUUUAAGGUUCCAGUUUGUAGAACUGAUCGCUACCAUAAGAGUUUUAUACCCUUUAAAGGUUGGCUGGAAUAAUUACACUACACUGGACACUCAGGUCCCAGGACAACUCACAUUGAAUUUAAACUAAAAUAUGACCUAGAUUAUCCCCUGGAUUAUUUAUUACAAUGCAAUCAAUUACAGAUAACUUGGGAACAAGGUUGAUUAGAUGACUAAUAGAACAGGAUAUAUGCUUUUCUAUGCGCUGUGUUACUUCGUCGAAUUUAUGUUUGAGGUCCACCAUCCUUCAUUCGUUGAAACAAAUACUUUAUGAAAGGACCUGAGAUUUUACUUUUCUUUUUUCAGGCUGACGGGAUCGAGGCGACUCUCAACGAACACAGCCAAGUGUAAUUCUGAUCAACUUCAAUCGUAAACUACGUAGUUCAUAGAAAUUGUAUAUCGAUAUAACCUAUUUAUUUCUUCAGGAAAUCAAUAUUUCUGUCAAUAUGUAUUUAUAGUUACAUUUAUUUGUGUUCUCCCUCACUAUUCCGGAAAUAGUACGGACCACGUAUUUGUUAAAUUGAAAAUAUUUGUACGUAUUCUUUGCACAGGCAACAUCCCAAGAAUUCAUAAGUUCUUGGCCAGUUCAUGAAUUACUAAUAUUGAUUGUGUUAUUGAUUGUAUUUGGCAUUUUCAUAUUGAAUCAAAGUGCAAAAAUGCGAGAUAUAAUGAUGUAUUUCUAUUGGCAACAGCAAUAUUUCCAGUUUUGUUUGUACAAUUUUGACUUGCACUCGCAGACUCAUUUGGCCCUUCAAGUACCAUUGUAAGUACAUCAAUAUUUAUUACUCGGCAUACCUGCACAAUACAGUCCAUAACACAAUGCCUUGUGUACGACUUGAUUGAAUACGGUUGCAACGUAACCGUGCUACAUAGAUUUAUUGCGUAUAUAUAGUAUAUAAAGUGCAAAUGUAGAAUAUUUGAAUAUUUGUAAUUUUAGCGCUGUUAAUUUGAUGUAUAUUAGAAAUGCGUUGUCUUUUUCAUUUAGCAUGACUUAUUCUGUUAAUUUUAAAUUUCAUUGAUUGUUGUAAUCCUUUCUUAAAGCCCGACAAACUUUCCUAUGGGAGUGAUAAUUUUCAACCUUUGGUCUAUUGCACUAAAUAUUCAAUAAAGAAUUGUAGCUUUAUACUGUAUGUAGUUCUCAGUCAAUUGUGUGGCAUGGCGCGCAGGCAUACAUGCGGUAUUCUGCGCAAAGUUUAUUUCAUGCAGGGGCGUAGGAACUGGGGGGGGGCAAGGGGGCCUAGGCCCCCACGUUUUCAGAAGACACAU